CGGGGGAAAGGAAGCGGGAGAGGGGCGGUCAUCGGAGCAGGCAGCAAGAGAGUCCGGUCCCACCGACCAGCUGAGAGCCAGCGAGGUAGUGGUCACCGAGCAGCCGGGGCUCAGCAUCGAGCCGUCGAGCCCUAGCCGGCGGAAUGGGGGCGACGGAGCGGAGAAGGAAGGGUCGCCGGGGUUUGGCGGAGGAGAGGCAGUCCGGGAGUCAGGCCUGGCGACGAGCGACUCUAUCGCGCGGGAAACCAACAGAGAGAGGCGGAGGAAGCGGAGGUUGAUCAGCCGGAGCGCAGCCGAGGAGAGGCGGAAAUCAGCUAGGAAGAAGAGGCGUCGGGAUUUCGGGGCUCGGGCUGAGAGGAUCAUCACGAGAACGAACUUAGAAGUUGGUUUCAACGGUGAAAGAGGCAAUGAAAGGAGGGGAAUUUGCGAUCGAAAAGGAAAUUUUCAAGGACGUCCUGGUGAUGAUUAUUGA